AUGUGUGCAGGCUCGGCGCUGCGGCAGGAGCACCGGCAGGACUACGGGCAGGAAUUCCGGCAGGAGUUCCACCAGGAGUACCGCCGCUCUCUGGAGCGGGAGCUCGGCCCCGCCGGGACCUGCCCCGGCCCCGCCGCGGCGGAGCGGCUGCGGCAGCGGCUGCAGCAGGAGCCGGCGCUGCUGGAGGCCCUGCAGGAGGACGCCCUGGCACUGCUGGCCCGGGGGCUGCGGGACCACCCCGACCCCGGGCUGGCGCUGCGAGGCCUGGCCAGCGCCUUCCGGCUGCUGGAGCUGGCGGCCGUCAACCUCUACCUCUUCCCGUGGCGCCGGGAGUUCGGCACCAUCCCGACCUUCUCCGGCGCCUACGUGCACCUGCUGCGCCCGGCGCUCCCCGAAGCCGACCUGGUGCGGAGUUUGGGCCGACUGGGCUACGAGCGGCAGGACCGGCACCGCCUGGCUGUGGAACGGCUGCCCCCGGGGCCCGCGCUGAUCGCUGCUGCUGUCGGCUUCCUGGCCUGCCGCCUGGAGUGCGAGAUCCUGGCAGAGCUGGCACCACGGCUGCGGUGCCCCCGCGCCGAGGAGCUGCUGGAGGCGCGGCAUCGGGCUGGGGGUGCCAAGGGGUGCCUGGAGAUGCUGCAGGAUCUGGGGACGCGGCCCAGGGCGGCUGCUGACUGCGGUGACAGCGUGGAUCUCUACCGGGAGAGUCCAGACAGCCCUGAGGACACAGGGAGCAAGGACACAGCCCCCCCAGAGCCGUGGAGGGACCCUCAGGAUGUGCCCACGAGGGGCUGGGGACGCUGCGACAGCACGCUUGCGCCAGAGCCCGUGGGCAGCACCGAUCCGGACACCUCCUCUCACCUCUUCCCGGAGCGGGAGCUGGGAGAGCCCCGGGAUUGCCCCCAGGCCACGCCAGAGCUGCCCUGCUACCAGCUGCACUCGUGCCUGCAGCGGGGCAUGCUGCCCUCGUACUGCUGCAGCACCUGCCGGCAGCUGCACGGCGGCGGCUGCGCCCUGGGGCGCGCCUGCCGCAGCCGGCACCGCGGCCAGGAGCUGCGCGGGGAGCGGCAGCAGCGCCUCUGGCUGCAGCGCACCGAGCUGGACAUGCUGCUGGCCAAGGGCCCUGCGCCCCGCUCCUGA